GCAUAUUGUUAUGGGCUUAACGCAAUGUGGCCAAUUCCUGCUCACGUAUACAUACACGUUGGACGUCAGCAGCAACACGUCUUUGUACAAAUAUCUGUUACAUUGGUGGGCUUUCACACCCAACCGUGUAGCCCGCAAAGUUUCCGAAGUUACAUUGUUUGGCAAUUAUACAAUUUAUAGGGAAUUAAACAUAGUUAUAUCUCAAUGGCCGAUGGAACGGAAUAAACUUGUAAUUCAUGGUCUUGGUACAAAUUUCUUACAUUUACAACCGACUGAUAGAGCAUAUUUAACAAUAACGACAGUACCGUCUCUUGAGAAUUGCAAAGAUUGUUUGAAAGUUGCUGCAUCGUAUGAAGAAGAAGGCGAAGAAUUAGCUGCAAAUUGGGAUAGCUGUGUACGAUGUAACUGUUUACAACAUGGCCUUACGGUUCACACGACUUAUGAAGUCAUCUCACCGUACCCGAAGUUUCGAGCCACAGUGUGUCUGAAUUAUUGGAAUCACGUUGUGGUCAAUACGGGAAAUUUCCUACAUGUUCUCAGGGUAGAUUUAAAUAUACCUAAAUCGAAGAAUCAGAGAGCGUGCGAUAAACAAGAUAGCGUCAUACAUGAUCCCGUCGUUCCGGACACGAUCCCACUGGACAUGAGCGAUGUCGAGGAAACGGAUUACUCGACAAGGACAGAACGAUAUGAGAGUUCGGAUGAAAAAGUGAGCACGCCGGAAUGCGUCGAUCGAUCUCCCAAAUGCGAAUCCAGCAUAGAGCACGAUUUUUUAGACGAGCCAAUUAAAUUAGACGAUAAGCUAGGACAUGAUUUGCUAUUAAAUACCUCAAGCAGUAAUCAAAGCGACUAUGUCUGUGAUAUAAAUAGUAAGUCUACUGCUGCAGGCGCUUUAAACGUUAAGUUCUGCGAAUGCUUGGACAUGACUGAAUGUAAGUGCCGAAAUAGCAGCAGCAGCUGCAGCAGCAGCCCUGUCUCGCGGCCGGCUGGUGUUGAACAGACGGCCAUCUCUGUACGGGACAAGAUCCUACAGGAUUUCUGCGAGGACACAUCGCAGGAGCUCAAUAUCGGCAGCGAUCUUAUCACGUUAGUGAAACAUCCGUCGUGCUCGCCGCGUUCGACGCCACAGAGACUGCCUGCUGAUCUUAGGGCGAUGACCACGUGGUCGUUACCGAUUCUUACUCCACCGUCGGAUAUCCUUCGCACUCGCAAUUCGGAAUCUAGUCAUAGAAUCCAGGUCCAACGCAAUAGCAAUAGCAGCCAGCAACGCCCGAGCUCGCCGCAACCUGGUGCAUCGCAACGAGACAACUCCGUGGCUUCCAUAAACUCACCGUUGCAAUCUGUGUCGAUCAGUCCCUCGUCCUCAUAUUCGUCUCGUUUGAUGUCGCCGCCUAUUGCCCGAUCCUUUCGCCAUCCGAGCUCGCGCAAGAGAUCGAAUCUGCAUUCACCUCCGCCCGUUCCGACUCAAUCGACAAGAACGACGAGAGCGACGCAUAAGCUCAUCCUCGAAGCGGAGAAAGCAUACGAGUUCACCGACGAGGCACAGGAGACAACCUGCGAAAAGCUCAGUUCAUUCAGAAAGCGCCGACUCGCCGACAAAAAGUAUGAGUUUUGCGAUGAGACGGAGGACGCGGAGAAUAUAGUUCCUUUUAAGCACAUACGUGACCAGUUCAGACAUCGCGGUACCUGCUCCAUACAUCAGAUUCCCUCCUCGCCGGCGAUGUCGCCGGUUCUACCCAAUGGACGAAGGCAUUGGGUCGAUUCGGAUCAAAGUGAAUCAGACGAAUUGAAUCUUGCUCAAGAUAUUAGUAUAGCCAAUGAUUUAUCGAAUACCGAAUCAGCUGAAAAAAGUGUUUUACGACCAUUGAAUCAAAACCAGCUUUCUAACGGAAGCGUGCACAGAGACCGUGUUGGCAAGUGUUGCUCGAAUUUCUCGCCAUUGGUUCCCAGGAAUAAUUUGCAGUACCCUCUAAUAAAAUGCACCGCGCGUUUUAAACGGAGCUACAUAGAACUUGACGAUGAAAUGAUAUCGGUGAUCACAGAUGUGGAAGAUGAAGAGACAGGCGGGUAUGUAAGUUACCAGUGUGUACUUCCGAUGCUCGUGCAUGGCUCCGGAUAUGUUCAAAUGCAAAUGAUCAGCAAUAGUAAAGCAGAAAAGCUGAUAGUGCCAUGCGUUUCUAUAACACAAUUGAGUUUUGAUAUCGAGACUUUUUCUCACCACAUAGCAGAUUGGAUCUGCUCAAGAUUUAAGAAAAAGUAUUGGCAUUGUAGCGAUUAUGAUAUCGAAAUAAUUGAUGUAUGUGCGCUUAGCGGCGAUAUUAUAUGUUUGCAUAUAAUGAAAAUCCAAGCAAGUGAGUUAUGUAAUCAGACACAAUGUAUUCCGCAAGAGAGGAAGCAGUACGAAGUCGGAUGUAAGUUCACAUGGAACAUCGAUACGAGCCAAUACAGGAUAACGGAUGUGUUACCAAUGGAGGAGGUAAAGCCUGAAUCUUGGAAGCCGACUAUCACAAAUAUACCGAAUUUUCGUAGCCAAUUAUGGAAUCCAACCCGCCGUUUGGCUACGCAAUUGCGGGAAAAGAUUCAACAACCAUACGCGCACACAGUGCGUUUUCUUCAUAACGAGAUGAGUUUAGCAGGUGAAUCUAUAACCAAGCUCAUCGAUCUGGACAAUCUAGUGCAGUUCUAUAUAACGCCAGAAUACUACGUAGAACGUACAAACGACGCCUUAAUGGAGUGAGGAA